CCUCAUCAGUACCAGCAGAGACCCGGAGCCUUUCAUCCACGCACAGAGCGAGCUGCACCCUCCAGCCUCCCCGCCCGCCAUGAAACAGACUCUGGCUGAACUGAUGAGGAUGAGCAGGAUAUGCCGGAUGGUAUUUGCCACUUGUUUGGGAUCCUUUAUUCUGGUCGUCUUUUAUUUCCAAAGUAUGUUCCAGCCAGUCAUGCGGAGGAACCCCUUCAUGGCGGACAGCUGCUGUAGGAAAGGGUCCCGCAACGCCUUGCAGGAGCUCUACAACCCAACACAGAUGGAGUUGUCAGGAGCAGCUGUCCACCACCAGGCCAGGAGGGAUCAGGUGGUGGAUGCCUGUCGUAUCUACAGUGCAUCCAGCCGUAAGCGGCGAGUCCUGACACCUGGAGACCUAAAACACCUUGUGGUGGAUGAGGACCAUGAGCUCAUCUAUUGCUAUGUCCCCAAGGUGGCCUGUACCAACUGGAAACGGGUCAUGAUGGUGCUCACAGGUCGGGGCAAAUACAGUGACCCAAUGGAUAUCCCUUCAAACGAAGCUCAUGUUCCAUCCAACCUGAAGACACUGAACCAGUACAGCAUUGCAGAGAUCAACCACCGCCUCAAGAACUACCUCAAGUUCCUCUUCGUCCGCGAACCCUUUGAGAGGCUGGUCUCCGCAUACCGUAACAAGUUCACCCUCAAGUACAACUCGUCCUUCCACAAGCGCUUUGGCACCCGUAUAGUCCGUCGCUACCGAAAGAAUGCCACACAGGAAGCCCUGCUCAACGGUGCUGAUGUCAAGUUCAAAGAAUUCACAGAGUACCUGGUGGACCCAGCCACGCAGCGUGAUGGCCCACUCAACGAACACUGGCAGACGGUCUACCAGCUUUGCCACCCAUGUCACAUCCACUACGACUUGGUGGGCAAGUACGAGACACUGGAGGAAGAUGCAAACUAUGUGUUACGGUUGGUGGGUGUCAGCGACUCCCUCCACUUUCCAAGUUAUGCCAAGUCCACCCGCACCACAGAUGCCAUGACGGCCCAGUUCUUCAGCAAUAUCAGCACUCAACAGCAGAUCCAACUCAACCAGCUUUACAAGUUGGACUUCCUCAUGUUCAACUACUCCACACCCAGCUACCUCCGGCUGGACUAACAGAGGACAGAGCUGGUACUCUGAGAAUUGUUGCCUUGUUUAAGGAGAGGCAACACCAUGAGGGAAGGGCAGAAUUUUUUGGAAGCAACCUUGAUUUUAAAAACUGUUGUUGUACCUUGCAGGUGUGGGGUCUGAAAUGAACAAAGAAGGAAAAGAAGGAAUUCAUGCUCGUCUGGGCAUAAUUUGGAUGAUGUCACUCUGGGUGAUACAGAGAACACUGACUGGAUUAGAAUGUGGUCCAAAUGGAGCAGACACAUGAAAAGACUAAAAUGAGAGGGUGAAGCAGGUCUUCAAGAUGUUUUAAAGGGGGAACUUAUCCUCAGAGGACAGACUUGAAGAGGGACUCCCCUGAUGAAGGUCCCUACACAUUUAUAUAAACUGCUGACAAAUUAGGCUGCUUUCGAUUGUGCAAAGUAAACAGCAGCCUUGCACGUGCCCCAACCCCAAUGCAUCGCAGGAGCUAAGCUUAUCUCCCCCUCCUCUGAUCAAUAGAGCAACUCCGCCAAAUUGUAAAAGACAAUUCAUGUCCUUUGCUGCGCUGCCAGCAUGGUGUGUUAGCACCCAUCACCCUUGCCCUCAUUAAAUUCAUACAUUUCAGAGGGAAACUGGCUCAUCACCACCCCAAGGACGCCUUGUGAUGGAUGGCUACUGACUUAAUUAUCAUGACCUCUACAACUGUAACUAUGGUGGCAUGGCUUUCAGCCAUCAGUUUUGACCAAUCAAGUUCUGUCACUGGUCUCUAUCAUUAAGAUGUUGGCAAAAGGGACCCCUUGUGUUAUGACGUCUGCUGCAACAGUGAAGUAUGGCAUUGUUUAAUAAAACAUUGCCUGAAACGACCCUUAACACUGAGCUACAGAAUGUGGUUGGAAAGGGACAGGAUGCGCUCACAGGACUGGAUGGUCAAAGACACUCUGCGUGGGUGUAAAAGGGUUAAAGGUGCUGAAUCUUCUAACCCCGCCCUCCCGCAUCCCAUCCAGGGUCAACACAUCCAGAGCCACAUCCACAAACCCCCUGUUCCAAUGACCGAACAUGUCUUUCUUUAAAUUAAGAUGAUCCUUUUGUCUAUAUGCUUAGUUUUGUUUAUAUUGGAGCAUUGCUGCGAGCAGCAAUUACAAAAGAUUAUUUAAUUUGCUUCGUUCAUUUAAACUAAAAGAAAGAAAUAAUGUUUUGUUUUCCUGAGCUAAUGAACAUUGUAAAGUAUUUUUAAAAGUUGAACUGUUAUUAAGAGUUCUGUCAUGUUAAUUUCUUUUUUCACAACUUGCCUCUGGUGCCAUUACGUUAUCAGUGCAUCACAGCACUUUCAUCUCUGAAGGGUGGUGCGUUUUGACCAGUGGCUUUGUCUUUCUGUGUCUGAGAUCAUCAGAGAUUCGUGGGUGAUUUUCAAUUUCCUGUUCGGCGCCAUAAUGGCUGUGAAAGCUUCAAAGAUCCACACUCAGUUUUCAGUGCACAUCAUUGCCACCCAGCAAACCCAUGGGACGAUUACCCCAUCCCCAACAAGACCAAGAGAGGUAGCUGCUGUUCUCAGUGUCCAUAUCAGUAAUCUCCUGGCCACAUCACCGAAUCAGAUAGUAUCUCAUACUGUAAUGUGAUUGAUGUAAGCAAUGCUAAGCAAUGUCAAGGUUAAUAACUGCACUCUCCAUCAUGCUGUGAAUUGGAUUAGGGCUGUUGUGUAAGCAUUACACAGGAGGGAGCAUGAGAGAGGAGCAGGGGAAACAGAGAACAGGUGACCUGUCUCACUCACAAUGACAAGAGCAAAAGAGAGUCCUUUUGUUUUUUGCAAAUGUUUUGUGAAUUCUAAAUCACUUCUCCUUCAAAGCAAAAGUAACAUGUUUGAAAAAGCUGCAUCACUUUGUUGUAUUUGAUGGAACCAGAGAUUUUCUCUCCCUCUGUUUGUUGGACUGAGUUUAACCAAGCCCUAGUUUUAAAGGAAUCUGAAGGGUAUUUUUUAUUAAUUUAUGUGUUAUCCAUCCCUCCUGCUGGUAAAUAACUUAAAUAACAGUAAAUAGCUCACAGAGUCAGUGUCGAGAAGUUGCUGAUGAGCACAAGACCAAAAGCCCCCAAAAGCCCCAGGUUCCCUUAGUGAAAAUUGGUUUAUGGUAAUCUGAUUAAUUGUAACUUUGUUUAGGAAUAUGGGCAUAUGCACUACUAAAGCCCAACAUCAGUCGCUGUGAUUUACACAUCACAUCUGAAUGUGUGUCAUACCCCCACUGCAGAGUUGACAGUAACUAGCACCUUCGCCUGUGGAUUUUACCAAUGAAUCAGAAAGCCUAUAGGUCCCUGUGCACUGGUCACUAACUGGCAGAGUUUAUAGUCAUGGAGAGGGAGGUCAAAAUUCCAGAAAGCAUUUUCAUUGGACACAGAAUGAGUAAAUUCACCUGAGUGCAGGGUGAGUCAUCAAACAUUUAAACAAAGAGAAAAGGCAGAUUAAGAUGUAAAACAUACAAGGAUAUUGGUUUUAUAAUAAUACGAUACUUAUUAACUGUAGUAUCAUCUUCAGUGCAGCAUUGCAGUGUAUUAACACAGUUUAUACACUGUCAAGACCAAGAACAUUUUACUUCUACUAAACUGAUUGAUUACUUAAUAACUCAUAAUGCAAUUCAAGGACAGAUUAGCUCCCCAAUAAAGUUUUAUUUUGUGGUGACCCCAGGUUUUUAAGAUUCAGUUGGUGGGUGAAAUAUCAGCAUAACUCACACUUAUUGUGGUGGAUGCUUUAGCUUCAGACCUCCUCAUGUAGUCAUUAGUGUACAUGUGUACAUGCCUGUGUGUGGCUGGUGAUGUGUCCUAUUUUCCUGUUUUUACCCUCACCCCGACAUCUGGCUCUUAUAAAGUAGAAAUGCUCCUGGCCUUGCCUGUAGCCCUGGGCCUGCAGAAACAAAGGCUGUAUUCUCAGCACAGCUUCGUCACAUUAGCACUUCUGCUGAUGCUGAUGCCACUCAGCAUCUUACCCAGCAGUUGCAGGCAGAGGCAACACCUCUCCACUUUAACAAACCAAGUGAGCGCGAGCAUAAACUGCUCAUUUAGCCCCAGAAUGGGAGACAAACGAUACAAACGAAGGACCUCGUAACCUACAAACAAGUCACCACAGGGGCCUCUAAUUUCUCCUCUUCAACCUCCCUUCAAAAGUGGCCUCCUGUAUUUGAAAAAACAGAAGCAAGUCAGUGUCAAUGAUCCGUGGCGUCCCUGUGGGAAAAGGUCAGCCUGUUUAAACAAACCGAGGUGGUCUAAAAUCCCCACAGAGAACUAAGUGAGCACUGAGGCCAUGGCUGAUUUCCUGCCUCAGAUAGAGACACGCCAGCCCAGUUGGAGUGCUUUUGUCCUCAUUCUUUACCCCAGUCUGCAUAAAUCCAAUCAUUUUCACUGCCCAGCUGUCUCAUUCUGGUGGGAGUUAUUAUAUUCAAGUCAAGCUGACAGCUUUAUUUAUGUUGUUUUUAAACGACGUCUAUUAUUAGACUGAAAUAUUCAUUUGCUAUUUUGCCGAAGACACAGGACAUCCUCAAAAGACAUCUGAUUAUGUUUUUCUCAAGGACGACUGGAAGAUGUGUGCUUGUGUCUUUUUUUACAAUUAUCACAAAUUGAUCCAUCUUUAGAUAGACUAAAGCCUUGGGUCAUACACGGUAGUUGUCAACAGCAGUUAAAGGAAAACUUAUAUGAUGCUAUCAAGCUAUAGCCAGGAGCCACUGAAGCUAAACUGAAUGCCUGUUAGCGGUAGCGUCAUGUUUGUCAUACAGACAUCGGCGUGAUAUAAAUCUUCUCUUCUCCCUCUCAGCAAGAAAGUACAAAAUUGUACUUCCCCUGUCUUUAUCGAGAAAAGGCUAUUAAGAGUAAAAAUGAGUAAAUAAAGUUUCUCUAGUUUUUCAGGUUUCAUUCUGGAUCUUGUUUGGCACCAAAAACAGUAUAUACGAAAAUAAAUUCCUCUAUAAAUAUUAUCGUGGUUCAUAUCAUCGACACAGAAGGACAAAGCAGGAACUUCUGAUCAGCUUCUCUCCGUCUGUUUCAGUUCUGACAUAUCUACAGUUGAAAAACAGGUUUUUGUACAGUCUAGACAUAAUGUUAUUUACGCCGCUACUGUUUUUCAGCUGGUAGGUUUGGAUAUUAUAUAAAUGAAUUACUCUGGUUGCCUCAGACACGCACACGCACACACACACUCACACUCUUGUCACUUACUUUAUGAAUGACAAAAAUAAAAACAAUCAUCAGUGAAUUUAGCUUGAAGGAUAAUUCUACUAUAUUACAAUGUUAGUUGCUGAGGUCUGAGAGAACAUCAGAAAAUAUCAGUGGAAUAAAAUUCAGUGAACCAGUGGAACAAUGAGCAGUCUGAAAAUCACACAGGUUAUAAACAAGCCAAUGGUUCAUCCACUUUGUUUGGAGGAGGAUACUCUAGAGGGGAGUGCGUCUGAAACAUCAGUCAUCCCAACAUUCAAAUUCAAAUCAGUGUUUCCACAACUCAGCAACUACUGCAGUAGGCCAAAGGCUGAACCACAAAGUUAGUAACUUUACUAAAACUCUGAAUCAAUGACCACAUGUCUGAUACAACAACAAAUCCAAUGGAUCCUUGUCUGAUUCAGCCAAGUCUUUGCCUGCAGGAUAAAGAAUGGGGAUGUCAUAUUUCUACCUAGUAAAAUUCACGGGACUUGGUGACACACGACAUACACCAGUGAUUCAGUGACAGCAGUAAAAACACUACUUUGAUAUGAGUCUUCCUGAAGACCAUGAGGACCAUGUGAGGCUGGAUGAGGAUUAUCCUGCUGCGUCUGCAAACUGAACGAGCAACGUUUUUUGGAAACAUCUGUCACUGUUUAUAGACAGACCCCUGGCUUUUGACUUUAACCUUCCAUAUUAUAGAAGCUUCUUCUAAUGAACUGAGCCUUUUGAGACGAUGGGAUGUCGUCCACCUGUCGGUUUUUCUGACCACCUCUGUUUCCUGCCCCUUUUUUAUUCUGUUGUUGCACUAUUGCAACUUCUCCUGAUCCCAACAAUAAAUUUACAAAGUACAAUUAUAUUAUUAAUAGAAAGUACAAUCAAGACAACAAAUGUCAAUCUAAGCAGUAAAUUAGUAGAAUUGUCCUUUAAUCAAGCUGCUUUAUCUGAUUUCUACCAAGAUGCUACAAGUUUAUUGUUUACAGAGCAACUGUAAAGAACAUGUCAUGUCCUGCAUAUGCCCAGUGAAGGACGCUGAUAAAUCAGUGUGAGUGGAAGGCUCACAACAUGUUGAAAAAUGAAUACGUUAUCACAUGUUAACAGAAGUUGUCGGACGAGUCCACAUUAGCGUGGCCUCAGUGAGCCUGCCACGUUUCGUCUGGUACAUCCUCUUUCACUGAGCAGAGGUCACACACCUCCAGAUGGUGUGGAUGUUGCACUGUAACGUGUGCAGUGUGUGCGUGACCUUAUGAGAAAGGUGUUCAGGAUCAUUAGUGUCUGUUAUUGAAUUAAUACCACAACAGCAGCAUUUUUUCACCAUUGUGUCUAUCGGAGUUCCUUGUGUUGUACAAUUGGAGCUCUGUGUGUGUGCGUCUGUGCUGUCCCCGCUCUGCCUUAGAGCAGUAUUUAUUUAUUUAUUCCACCCACACUCCUUCUUCGCUAUCACCAUGGCAACACACCUAAACUCUUUGUUUCCUCUUAUUUCCUCCCGGGACAGUCGCCCAUUUUCUCGCUGUCCCGGGAGCUGGUUGUGCUCAGUUCAUUUUCAGGCCUACUCUCUGAAAUCCUGAAUAAUUGAGUGUGUUCUGUGCGGGAGAGUGGUGUCGUCCCUGCAACAGCACGUUCAUCCUGUCUGAUAUUUUCACAAUAAAAUAACACUGAAACUCAA